AUGGCUUUGAUGAUCCCAAGGCACGUGUACCUGCAGGUGCUUUACAUGGAGCUUUCUGAGCAGCUGCCAGACAGCUACGUGGCAAGGAUCACAUUGGAUGUCGGAAGUGAAUGCCAUAGGUUCAAGAGCAAAAUACCGCACAGAGCCUGA